CUACACAAAAAACUWAUGUAAGAAAUCAAAAAAUACUUURACACUAAACCUCAGUACGAAAUAUAACGAUGAUGCCGUUGCAACAAAAGCGUCUACGAGUACGAGUUGUCCAUUUCCUUGCUUUAGCGACAAGCCUUAUUAUGCUCAGCAGCAAAUUAGCCAGCGCMUUUGCKACAAGAUCCUCCUUCAUCACCGCUAGUCGAGCUGCUUCUCGAUCGUUCCGAAGCGGARUCGUUCUGAACAUGGCACCAAAACCCGGGGUAGCCACCCUCGAGGAACUGAAAUCCCACGUCGAGGCCGCCGGUGAYAAGCUCGUCGUCAUCGACGUCCGCAAUCCCGACGCCGACAAGGAGCCYGGYGACCAGAAAUCACUCGCAGUCGCUCCAGUCCCCGAUGCUUCCAGCGGAGUCCGCCCGUGCGGACUGCACCUGAUCUGGGACCGCGAGUCCGACUCCAUGCCGCUCCCAUCGGUGGAAAAGGAUACGCCGCUCAUCACACAUUGCGGUGGGGGCGGCCGAGGCCAAAAGGCCAAGGACUUCUUGGAAUCCAACGGCUUCACAAAUGUUUUGAACGGUGCCGGUCCGAAGGAAACCGAGUUGUGGGAUGUCUACGGCGAAAAAUAAGAUGGAAUCAACUAAAGUGAAAUGAAAUAUGAUAAAAAUAAAAGCAAGCAAGCAUU